AAAAUCGCAAGACCAACCUUCGUGUGUUUCUCAAAUACCACAAAGAAAAUCAUCACGUAUUCCUAGACUUGCUUCCGCGGAAACUUCAGUACAAUCAAGAUCGGCUUUAAAUGAUAUUUCUAAUCUUUUUUCACCUGUAACUUACCAAGACAUUAAGGAGUUCAAUGAUA